GUAACCAGAAUCCCAAUAGGUUUGAAUUUGAUGGCAUUUUGAAUCUACGGGAUUUAUACCCGACUGCAUUCAAAAUGUUUAAAACGGACUGUUUUGGAGUUUAUUACAAUAAAUUGCAAUAAAAGGAGUAUUCUUUUCUCCUGGUUGAAUAUUUCAGACUACAGAAACAUUAUUUUCAUGACAACUUGAAAUGAAAAUAUUAGAUUAAGGAUAUUUGGCUAUGUGUCCUUUAGACUUCACUCCCGUUUGUUUAUUGUUUCAGGACUUUCUGCACAACUUGCUGUUCUUUAACAAGGAGCACCAACAGAGGACAACUGCAAACAGAAAUUGUCCUCUACAGGAAGCUGUGGAAGAUGCAUGUUUUUGCAAAACCUUCUUGAUGUUAAAAAGAGUAAUGUAGAGUCUUGGUUGUGGAUCCCUGUUCUACUUAAAUGGGCGUUUAAGCUCCUUUAAUUCGCUACAUUCCAUCCAGCCCGCCCUGUUUUAUAGCGGGUAACUUGGCGUUUGCCUCCGGCAGGAAUGUUUUCUUCUCCAUUCAGCUGAUUAUCAAAAAAAAGAAAGAAAAUAAAAAAUCACAGGAGAAUCCUCCAUCAGCAGCAGGAAAGUUUAAACUGGGCAAUAAAUGUCAGGCUCUCUCAGAUGAGGCUGUGGUGAAAGUCUUCACCUGCCAAACCUCCCCAAAAAAUUAAGAUUCACACUAAAAUGUUAGAUUUGUGAGGUAAACACUAGAUAUCCUUUUUUUUCUUCUUCUUCUUCUUUUUUUUUUUUAAAUGGGUGGGACCAUAAAAUACAAGAAGCUGAAGCCAAACCAUCCUCUGACCUGAGCAAGUCACACCCUGCCAGAAACGGCUCCAAAUCACAUAAACUGCUCCAUCUUCUGCGUUGAGGUUUAACUGGAAAUCUCCAUUACAUAACACCGCUCUCGGUUUUCAAGAGGAACAAUGCACACAGGAAUGCAAAGAGGCAUUUAAAGUUUUCACGCCCGUGAUGAUGGAAGUACGUUUUUUGUUUUUUUUCCUUUCUUUUUUGCAGAUGACUUGCAUCUUGCUUCCAUGCCAGCCAUCUGGAGACUAUUACAGGUUAUAAAACAGCUGCGCAGGAGUGGCUCCUUUUUGCUGCCACCGCAGACUGAAAAACAAUGGCGAAGUCUGGGAGCGUGCACAGAACCAAACUGACCUCGUGCCACGUUGUCAAACAUUCACCUGGAGCCUCUGACAGGGGAAAAAGUACGAUUGGUGCUUGUUGUGAUUUGUUGGGACAUGCGUCCGCUGUGGUGCGCUGGACGUCAGGUCGUCCCUGCAAACCUGCAAAGAAGACGUUGACGGGCGCUCUGUGAGGGUUAAAUUCUCACUGACACUUGACUUCCAUGUGCAGACCUCUCACUUUAACCCUCCUCAUUUUUUUCCCUCCACAAGUAAAUGUUAUAAAUAGCGCUGUGUGCUCGGCCCAUCGGCAAUCCUCCUCUCACCUUUUGCUCACUCCUCCUCUCUGUUUUCCUCACAGCAAAACCACGCUCUGUUGUAGCUUCUCCUAACUGCUCCCGUCGAGGUUUUUUUUUUUUUUUUUUCGUGUGAAAGUUGCUCUGACGGAGGCCAUCAGAAUGCGCUCUGCGUCCUGCGUGCUCUUGUUGGGAGGCUGCAUCCUCCUGGGGCUCCUGGGAGUCCAGAGCCAAUGCCCGAGCCCGUGCCAUUGCCACGGAGACCUGCAGCACGUCAUCUGUGACGGCGUGGGGCUCAAGAAGAUCCCUCAGGUUUCGGAGGCCACCCGUCUGCUGAACCUGCAGAGGAACAACCUGGGCACCGUCCCCUCAGGGGCCUUCAGCGAAAGCAAGGGUCUCGUUUCUCUGCACAUGCAACACUGCCAGAUACGAGAGAUUGAAUCCCAGGCCUUCAAGGGACUGAAGAAGCUCGUCUACCUCUACUUGUCCAACAACAAGAUCAGCAGCAUCAAGUCGGGCGCCUUCGAGGAUUUGACUAUGCUCACCUACCUGUACAUGGAGGGGAACCAGAUGAGCGAGCUGUCCAAGGGGCUCUUCUCCCCCAUGAUCAACCUCUUCGUUCUGCAGCUUAACAACAACAGGCUGCGAGAGCUCCAGCCAGGGACCUUCGCGGGUGCCAAGGACCUGCGCUGGCUGCACAUGAGCGGGAAUGAGCUGACGACGCUGCACCCGGGGUCUCUGGACGAAGUGGAGAACCUCGCUAUACUUCACCUGGACAGGAACAGGCUGUCCGCCUAUCCCAGCGCCGCCAUGGGCAAACUGCGAGUGGUGGAGGAGCUCACGCUGGGAAAGAACCCCAUGAAGACGAUCCCAGACAACGCCUUCCAGAGUUUUGGUCGCUACAUGGAGAAACUACACCUGGACGAUAUGGGCUUGGAGAAGCUAUCUGCUGGUGCAUUUAAUGGCGUGACAGCACUUAAGUUCCUUUACCUGGAUAACAACAACCUCAAGUCUCUGCCCACCACUAUGCAGCUGAGUGUCGACACCAACAUGACCCUCUUCAACAACCCCUGGACCUGCUCCUGCCAGCUAGCGCCACUACGCAAGUGGAUGGACUCCCGCCAAAAUGAAACAGAUGCAAUUUGUGAGUCACCUCCUCCACAGAAAGGCAUACAAAUCAGAAAAAGCACCGUCUUCAAGCGCUGCAAGAGCGAAAAGAACGAUAAGAACAGUAAGAGCAAGAAGACAAAAAAAUCUCGGACUGGUCGACGUCAGUAAACCGUCAGCUGAUCAGGAAGCUCAGAGAAGGAGCCUGUCCAGGUGACCGGCUACAGCGAAAGCAACACUUACUGACUCUGCUUUGAGACUGUUGUAAAGGAAAAGCUUUACACUCUAUGGUAUACAAAACCCAUAUGCUUUUCUUUUGUAUCAUUUAUAUCAAAGACUGAAUAAUAAAGUGGAAGCAGCAAACGAAGUGGCAGGAGGCAACCAGAACAGAAAAAUUAGAUGUUUUUAUUCUUCCUGAUGCAGGUGGAGAUCUUGGUUUGAUCGAAGUAACUCUGUAAAGAUUUAGUUCAUAUCUGCGACUGUUGAUCAGGCUUCAGAAAAGACCCAGAACAUCAAAAUGUGGUGCCUUCCAAAAGGUAUUCACAUCCCUUGAACCAUAAAGUACAAUGUGGGAUUUUAUGUGAUAAACUAUCACAAAGGAGUGCAUAACUGUUAAGGGGAAGCACAGUGUGCAAGUUUUGACUUUUUAAAUCAAAUCUGAAAAGUGUGGCGUGUUAUUCAGCCACACAUAAGUCAACACUUUCCAGAAAGUAUUUUGGGGUUUAGCUUAACGUUUUUUAUAUCCAGGGACUAAAACUUUUGCCCAUUCUUCUUUGCAACGCAGCUCAACGUGAGUCAGACUGGAUGGUGACCAUCUGUGAACAUCUGUUUUCACAAAUUCUCAAUUUAACUUAGGUCUGGACUUUGACUAGGCCAUUCUAACACAUGGAUAUGUAUUGAUUUAAACAAAUUCUGGUUGCAUGUUCAGGGUUAUUGUCCAGCAGCUGAACUUUUGCCUUUAUUUCAAGUCUUUUACAACCUCAAACAGGUAUUUUUUCCACGUUGGUCCUCUGACCAGCUUAAAACAAGUUGUGGAAAUGAUCCAUUCUCCCCCUUCCUCUUCAAAUGUCUGCACCACUUUAUGUUGGUUUAUUAUCGAAAAUCCCAGCUGAAAUUUGUGGUUGUAAUGUGACAAAAUGUGUGGAAGUUUAAGCUUAAAACGUAUGAACACUUCUACAAGGCGUUGUACGUCCAAAAUGACACCUGAACAGGUAAUCAGAAAUCAUUUGUCUUUUCACUGUCCUUCGUUAUAAAAGUGGAACAGGGUAUAUUUUUCUUCCCACUGCGUGCAACAAGAGGGCAAAUGUAAGAUUUUUAUUAUUUUUUUUUUCUUUCUAAUAAAAUAUGUUUCCUCAUUUAUUGUAUAUUCUGUGUGUUUAUAUUUCACUUUUGAACGUGAUAAUAGCUGUUCACAUCCAAUAAACCUUUUUUAAAAAGUAAAUAUUAUUUUGUUUGUCAUCACUGCUCAAGUUUGUCAUUUGUCUCCUUCUUUCGUGUUUGAAAGCUGAACUCCACUUUUAAGUCAUUGGAUUUGAAGUUUUUACGAUUCUGUAGCUACAUGUUUAUGUUUAUUAAGGAUUGUUUGUGAAAAUGU